AUGUCUCUGCACUACCUUCCCCCCGUCAAGCCUUCGGCUAUUGCCCUCGGCACCAUCUUCAACCACACGGCUGAGCUCGCUGUCUUGACCCCCAUCUUCGGCCAGACCUACCAGCGCGCCAAGGCUGCCAACACCAAGGAGGAGUUCGCUCGCUCCAAGGAGGCUCAGGGUGCCGCUGUCGCCUGGGGUACUUCCCUCGUCGGCUCUGCCCUCCAGUCCUACGGUGUUGGUGCUCUCAUCAACGCUACCGGCACCCUGUCCUACAAGGGCGCUGCCUACCUCGGCUCUCUGAUCUUCUUCGCUACCUCUGCUCCCGGCUACAUCUCCCAGGUCUUUGUUGAAAAGCGCCCUGUCGACACCGUUGGCGUCAGCGUCCUGGCCAAGGUCAUUGAGACUGUCGGUCUGUCGGUAUUCCUCACCUGGUGGGGAACCCGCACCAACCCCUUCGACUAA